AUGAGCUCAGCCUCAAGUAUUCAGAACUCAACAGACCCUAACAGGGUAAUUCUUUAUAUGGACUAUAUAUCCCAGCCAUGUCGCGCUGUUCUCGCAUAUAUGAUGAUAAAUCAAAUCCCAUAUGAAAUUCGAGAAAUCAGAAUUUUUAAAGGCCAGACUCUUACAGACGAAUUUAAAGCGAUUUCUCCAACCCAAAAACUGCCAACAAUAGUCCAUCAAGGCUUUACUCUUGUAGAAAGCCAUGCAAUUCUCACUUAUUUAGCUUCAGUUUUCCCUGUAGACGAACAAUGAUAUCCUAGAGAUCCUAAAAUCCGAGCUCAAAUUGACUGUUAUUUGCACUGGCAUCAUGCUAAUAUAAGGCAUGCAGUCUCAUCAUUUUUAUAUCAUAAAAAAAUCCUGCCUAAGAUAACCGGCCAACAAAUUUCUGAAGAGCUUGAAAAAGAAUUUUUGAGGUCUCAGCACCUUUCGUUUAAAUUUAUUGAAAAUAUAUUAAAACAAGGCCUUUAUGUAGGUAGAACUCAAAGGCCGUCAAUUGCUGACAUUUCAUGCUAUUGUGAAGCAAUUCAGCUUUAUUUGGUAAAUUUCAACUAUGAAAAAUACCCUGAAAUUUGUAGGUGGAUGCGAGAAAUUGGCGAAAUCCCAGCGAUAAAAGAAGCUUCUAAGCCUUUCUUUAAGAUUGUCCAGAGGGUUAAACUUUAA